UCCCCUUCUCUCUUCCUUCUUCCACAAAGUACUCGGUCCAGUCCGGAGGUGCCUGUGCGAGUAGCGGGACGUGCAGCAGAAAGGAGAAAAAAAUAAAUAAAAAAAGAUGCAGCUCUUAGGUUUAGUUGUGGUAACAUUUGCAGUCUACUGCGUUCAUGCCAAGGUUUAUUUUCGGGAGGAGUUUCUGGACGGUGAUGAAUGGAGAAGUCGCUGGGUGCACUCCAAGCACAAGUCAGACUAUGGAGAGUGGAAACUGACUGCUGGAAACUUCUAUGGAGAUGCUGAGAAAGACAAAGGUCUGCAGACGAGCCAAGAUGCUCGUUUCUACGCCGUCUCCGCCCGCUUUGACCCCUUUAGCAACGAGGGGAAGCCUCUGGUCAUUCAGUUUACAGUCAAGCAUGAGCAGAAGAUCGACUGCGGUGGUGGCUACGUCAAAGUCUUCCCCUCCGACUUGGAUCAGACCGACAUGCACGGAGACUCCUCAUAUUACAUCAUGUUUGGCCCUGACAUCUGUGGCUACAGCACCAAGAAGGUCCAUGUCAUCUUUAACUACAAGGGCAAGAAUCACCUGAUCAAAAAAGAGAUUAAGUGCAAGGACGACGAGCUGACCCACCUGUACACGCUGAUCCUGAACCCAGAUCAGACCUACGAGGUGAAGAUCGACAAUGAAAAGGUGGAGUCUGGCAGUCUGGAGGAAGACUGGGACUUCCUGCCUCCUAAGAAAAUCAAGGAUCCCGAAGCCAAGAAGCCAGAGGACUGGGAUGACCGCCCCAAGAUCGACGAUGUCGAUGACAAAAAACCUGAGGACUGGGACAAACCUGAAAACAUCCCCGAUCCUGAUGCCAAGAAGCCUGAAGACUGGGAUGAAGAUAUGGACGGAGAAUGGGAGCCACCCAUGAUCCCCAACCCAGAGUACAAAGGAGAAUGGAAACCCAAACAGAUCGACAACCCCAACUACAAGGGAGCCUGGGUGCAUCCUGAGAUCGACAACCCCGACUACAGCCCUGACUCCACCAUCUACAAGUUCGACAAAAUCGCCGUUAUUGGCCUUGAUCUUUGGCAGGUGAAAUCUGGCACCAUCUUUGACAACUUUGUGAUCACCGACGACGUGAAGGAAGCGGAAGACAUCGGAAAGGAGACGUGGGGCGUGACAAAAGAACCAGAGAAGACGAUGAAGCAGGAGCAGGACGAGGUCAAACGAAAAGAGGAAGAGGAGAAGAACAAAGAACAAGCCACCGAGGGGGAUGAAGAUGACGACGAAGACGACGACGUGGAGGGUGAUGACGCUGACGACGAAGACACGGAGGAGGAGCCGCUUACAGAAAACGACGACGAAGACGACGCAAAUCUUAAAGACGAGCUCUGAGGUGUAGCGAAAAGAGGUUUAUCUAAAUGUUUUAACCCCCCCCCCCCCCCCCCCCCCCCCCCCUCGCCUCCCACAGAAACUGUCCUGUCGUUCCCAGGGGUGUUGUGGCUGCUGUGCAUCCUGUUCCCUGAGAUCACGACAUGACCCAACUUUGGGGUUUGAAGUAGAAAACAUUGGGGGGGGCGGGCUGUUGUGUGAGUGGGUGAUGAGGGACUUGGUGUCUUUAUUUCUUUUUUUUUUUUUUUUUCCAUGUUUCCCUUGAAGUGCUGAAAUGAUUCAGUGGUUUCUGACCAACAAAAACUCCAUUCCUCAUUUUGUUAACGACGCGUUCGGUCGGCACUGACAUCUGCUGUUUUUUCAUGAUUUUUUUCUGGAGCCAUCUCAGUUUCUGUUAGGGUUUCCUGGGUGGCUAGUUUUCAGCGUUAAUCAAAAGUUCACCUAAAGCUGUGUUAUGAGAUGAGACGUGUCAGUUUCAAACUUAAUCAAAAAGUAGGAAAAAAAUAAUAAUUUAUUUUUGGUUGUUUCUAUGGCACUGACUGUAACUUCUUUUCGCUCUUCGUUCUUGAAGGCUGAACGAAAUCAUAAAACUAAGUCCUGCGAGUACAUUUUUAUUUCUCAACAACUUUUUUUUUUUUUUUAUUAUUAUUAUUUUAAUUCAACAUGUUUCCAUGAAAGCGUAAUGGGAUGUGCAGUUUGAUCCUGACAGUCUGGACUAACAUGCUUCUGUGUCGCUGCUGCUCACACAAGGGUAACACACUCACAGGUUUUACCGGACAGAAUGUGAUUGAUGCCAAAGGUUUUAUUAAAAGAAUGAUAAUU